AUGGCAGAAAAGGUGAAAGGCCCCCCAGGGUCUGCCCCAGAUGGGGGAUGGGGAUGGAUGAUUGUGGCCGCCUGUUUCGUCACCACCAUCUGCACCCGCGCUGUCACGAGGUGUGUUUCCAUAUUCUUCAUGGAGUUUCAGUUGCAGUUCUCCAGAGAUUAUUCCAGAACUGCCUGGAUCCACUCCCUGGUCGACUGUAUGACCAUGGUCUGUGCUCCCCUGGGCAGUUACCUGGGAAACCGCUUGUCCCCCCGUGUGGCUGUGAUGCUGGGAGGUCUGCUGUCCUCCACUGGCCUGGUCCUCAGCUCCUUUGCGACCAGUCUGGAGUACCUUUACAUUACCCUGGGCAUUUUGACAGGCUUGGGCUUUGCCCUCAGCUAUACUCCAGCUGUAGCAACAGUUGGUACUUACUUCAGCAAGAGGAAAGCACUGGCUUAUGGGAUAGCGAUGUCGGGCAGCGGAAUUGGGACAUUUGUCCUGGCGCCGGUUGUACAGCUUUUAAUUGAAUUUUACUCUUGGAGGGGGGCAUUCCUCAUCCUGGCAGGGUUUGUUUCACACCUAUGUGUCUGUGGGGCUCUCAUGAGACCACUGGUAGUACUGGAUGAGGAAGAUAAACUAAUGAAGGAGAAAGGUUUUUUAGUAGAGCUACCUAGCUCUGAACUUACAGAGGCUAAACAAGGCAAUGAAAUGGAUACAAUAGCAUGCCCAAAGCAGAGUAAGCAAGGAUGCUUGCCAUCUGUGGAUGAGUAUCGCUUCUUGCUAAUGAGCAAUUUUCUAGUACUAGCAUUAUCUGUCCUGUUCCUGGCAUCUGGAUGUAGUUUACCGUUUGUGUACCUAGUGCCAUAUUCCCUCAGCAUGAGUGUCAGCCAUCAGCAGGCUGCUCUUCUCAUGUCCUUGCUGGGCAUCACCAGUAUCAUGGGGAACAUCACUUUCGGCUGGUUGACAGACAGGAGGUGCCUGAGGCCAUUUCGGGUGGAGAGCUACAUGUUUGCGGUGGGGUUGGAAGGCCUGAGUUGUCUGUUUGUGCCAAUGUUGCAAAGCUUCCCCUCACUGGUACCUUUUGCUCUUGUCUACGGUUAUUUUGAUGGUGCCUAUGUGGCCCUGAUCCCUGUAGUGACUUCUGACACCGUAGGUCCCACCUACUUCUCCCCUGCCCUCGGCGUGGUCUGUUUCCUCCAUGCUAUGCCAUACCUCUUCAGCCCACCAAUAGCAGGUUGGCUGGUUGAUCAGAGAGGUUCUUAUACAUCUGCCUUCUUCCUGAGUGGGUUCUCUCUUAUGUUCAGCUCUGUUAUUCUGGCCUUGUUCAAACUGAUACAAAGGUGUCAUGGGAAACACCCACGGCUGACCAGAAGCAGUGUGGUCUAA